AUGCCUCUCGUCAAGCUCUACUUCUCUCCUGCACUGUUGCUCCUGGUGCUCUUCUGUCCUCUGUGGCAGGUCAGCCAGUCUUUGCCAGUGUUGAGUAACGGACCGAUGACGGACUCCUGUGUUUCAUCCGCCAGAACGCUUCUACUGAACAUCACCGACACACUCGCACAGAACAACUUGUUCAGUGGAAUCGACUGCACAAAGCAGAGCGUGGAGCUGAACAUGGAGACCAACACGGCGUCGGUGUGUGCACCAAAGGAAUCAACGUGCUCAGGAACCCUUACGUCUGAAUUCAAUCAGGAUUCAUGUCUGACAAACAUCGGUGAAGAUCUGCGUCACUACUAUAAAUUUCUUGCUGCUCAGCCGGAUCCACAGCGCGUGCUCGCUCAGUCUGUUCUGUUAAGCCUCAAAGAACUCAUGAACUGCUUUGCAUGGUCUCUGCCAACAGACGUGGCCUCAGACCUGGCUGCUGCAGGUCGUCCAAGCUCCUUCGAAGAGAGGCUGACCCUCUGCAAAGUGCUGAAGGGCUUCCAGGUCCGCACCAUCACGAUCAACAGAGCCAUCGCCUACAUGCACUCUGGUGAACACACUAAAUGAGUCACUGAGGUCUGACAGAUCUUUCAAGAAGCUAUUCAAACACCACUAUACAUCAAAUUAAGAUAAACUACAGUAACUGUUAACGUUACGUUCAAAUCACUAGUUAAACACUCUUUAUAAGGAGCAUAUUUUACUACUUUCAUGUAACUUAUAUUGGACAUCAAAAUGAUGUGUUAAAGUACUUUUUUUAGUCUAUUUACAGACUGUGCUUUUUAUUUAUUGACAACAUUUGUUUUAUUCUGGACUAUUUAUUCAGACUAUUUAUUGUUAAAUUAUUCCCAUGUUUGUAAAAAUCAACAAAUAAAUAUUUAUUACCGCAUGAAUCCUGCUGACAUGUCAUUUGUUUGUUCACUGUUGUUCACUUUUCCCACUUUUAUUUCCAUAAAAUGUGAGACGCUUUAAGUCAUAUUCUCCUUGAUAAAGACAAUCUUAAGUGACACUUCAUAGUCACAGCUGAUCAAGUUCGGUCACUGGAUUUUCCCUCCCACCACAUAAAAGCGAUUACUGCUGUUGGUUAAUCUACUGCAACCACAACAAUACAAUAUAUGUGAUUUAAAAUGCACGAGGAAAACUCCAAGGCACCCUCUUCUGUCACGCUAUUUUAUAGUGGUAAUCCACCAAUACACACGUGCACCUGGGAAAUAUGUGUGAUUUACAGGAAAAAUCAUCAUUCGAGAAAACAGUUCUAAAGGCCCUGAAAUCCUAAACGUGUGAUUUCUUCACCACUCAGGUAUUUUUCCUUUGGACUACACUAUUGACCAGACUGUAAUUUCCUGUAACCAGCAGAGCC